CAACAGCGUCGACGCUCACGCGACCGACGUCGAUCAUCAACAACCCUAUUUUGACGCCGAAUACCCACGACAUGUCUGGCAUUCCAACCGCGAAUCGUGCCCCGAGGGUAUCUGGUCUGCCCCUCCCAGGGCGAGGCACAGGCAUACCUAUGCCAGGACGACCGCGUUCCUCAGUGUCUGGCGGCUCUCGUCCGUCGUUGAGCAAGGACGACGACGACACCAUAAUGGUCUCUUCUCUGGCGGCUGCGGUAAAAGCGAGGAAUCCGUCGGACUAUACCAACGGAAACCUUGCUCAUGCUGAACCCGCUCUUGAGCGAACUCCUGCACCUCGCAAGUCCAUUGGACCGCGGCCCAGUAUGCUAACCGCAUCGACUCUGCGACCUCCUCGACCACCAUCUUCUGCCUCUCAGGCAUCAUACACGUCGACGCGUCUUCAGAUACCCGAUGCUGAAUCCCCCAAUUCGUUCCAGACUGCAUAUUCGACACCACUACAGACCCCUGCUAUUGGGUCGCGUGCCAGAACACCCUCUACUACUGGUCAACCCCUUCGUUCUGCGCCAUCAGCAUAUCCAAGUCAGCGUCGUCCAGAAAGCAGACAGUCGAUUGGUACAACCGCACGAAGCACCUCUCGCUUAGGUCAGACAUGGGACCGCAGCGCGAGCCGGACCGGGAGACCUUUUGAAGUAGGCGACAGGGUCCGUUUGGAUAACAAGGGAUGGGAGGGCACGUUGCAGUAUCUUGGUGAAGUGCACUUUAGGGAUGGAAUUUGGGCUGGAGUUGAGUUGCUCCCAGGCUUUGCGGGAAAGGGGAAGAACGACGGAUCUGUCGAUGGACGGCGUUACUUCACCUGUGCUCCCAACAUGGGCGUGUUCAUUUUGGCCGACAAGCUAUCCGUCCCCGCACCAACCUAUGCUCGACCUCCCUCUUCUGCCUCUGUGACGAGUCGGGCAGGACGCGUCACGCCUUUCAAUGAACCACCUACUCCUGAACCCGAGACUCCCUCAGGCUUCCGCUCCCGUGUCCAAGCUGCUGCUGCUGCCAGUCGCGUCUCUGCUGGUUCCCGAGCUAGCAAAUUCCUGGGAAUGACAGCGCAGCAGCUGAGAGAAGCAGGGCUGGCAGACCUUGCUAGGCAACCAGAAAGUAUUCCCGAAAGCCCAAUGCGCAGUCCCAACCGACCGCCCUCGACACCAAAAUCCUCAGGGAGACAGUCAUUCGGUCUUCCAACCCCACGUGCGCGGCAGAGCUUGGGCAUGGGCGGACCGACGCCGAAGGCGAAGCCGAGGACCGCUGACCUGUCAGUUCCAAUGUCGCCCCCGCUGACAUUACCUGCUCUCAGCGCUGCUAGCACAAGCGCAAAUACCAGCCUCCAAGAAGAGGAAAUUACUACUCCAGAGGAGAGGCACCUCGAAUCCGGAAGACGCGCUUUCCAGAAUCGUGUCGCCAAGCUCAUGACUGAUGACCUUGGUGUCGGCCGGUCUCCCGGACAAAGCACCCCGCCUGGUUCUGCGGCCGCCUUUAUGGACGAUUCGCCCCUCGCGUUGCGUAGUUCCGUCAGACUUCCCGAUCGCAUCGACAUGCUGGAGCAGGAGAACAAGCGGUUAAGGGCCGAUGCAGCGAGAUCUUCCGCGCCUAGUCCUACAAAAUCUGCAGCUUCCCAGGCUCUCAUUGCGGACCUCCAGCACAAGCUCGACACGUCUGAGGAUGCACUCAGUCAGGUGCGGGCGAAGCUUCAGGAGAUGGAAGGAAAAGUCCAGGAGCAGGUGGCUCUUCGAGAGGCUGAGAAAGAGCAGGCAGCCGAUGUCUUAUCCGCAGCUGAUGAAAGGGUUGAUGAAGCAGAAAAGAAAGCUGCAGAGCUGCUUAGCGAGAUGGACACGUUCAAGAAGCGUAUGUCGGAGGUCGAGAAGGAACGAGACGAAAAGAUCGAACAUGUCCAAGAACUUGAGAGGAGAGUAGAGCUGCUUGUCCAGCAGGCAAAUGAAGAGCGCGAGGAUCUCCUCUUGCAAGUGGAGGAGCUCAGGACAGCGGGACAGGAAACAAUCGCCUUCUAUGAAGAGCACAAGUCCGCACAUGAGGCUGAUCGUUACGAACUCGAGCAGAACAUCCAGAAACUCGAAGAAGAGCUUCGUAAGGUCUCCGAAACUGGCGUGCCAGCCGCUGCGGCCCAGCAAGCAGAAACGGUCACACAGAUCGACAACGAGGCAUUGCGUGAACAGGUUGCUCACUACCAAUCUCGCAUUUCGAAGCUGGAAGAUCAACUGGAAGAUAUACAGGCAGAUCGCCUAAAGCAGGAGGAUGCCUAUCGAGCACGCAUUCAGAAAGCCAAAGAUCAAGAAGUGAACGCAAGAAAAGAGCUGGAAAAGAUCGGUCAAGAUAUCGAGGAGGUCAAGAAGGCAGAGGAC